AAAGUGACAACCAAUUCCCAGCCGCUCGGCUUCCGGAGGCAAAGGAUGAAGAUUUACUCGUAUUCCUGUAGUGCGACUGGUCUUGCUACCUGUAGAGCGAGUGAGGUGCCCUCUGCGUCGGCAGCAUAUAUGCUCAAGGGAAGAAGGCGGGGGAAGGAGUUGCUGAAUCGAGUACAUUGGAAUGUAACCUUGCAUUUAGGUCGGAAAUUAUUAAAUUGAAGCUUCUAAAUUACACCGGGAGAAACAGAAUCAUAGUUCGGAACGCAAACGAAUGCCAAGAAUGGUCAGUGAGUCAAAGGACCUGUCAGAAACAAGCAGAUACUCGUGACUAGACUCACCGCUGCAGCAAACAUUGAGUCAUUGAGGUUAAGGGGGCCGGGCGACUGGCCUUUCCACCUCCAUAAGACUGUAACUUGAAAACUUCCAUUUGCCACAUCAGAAAGCGCAGUAUGAUGUCAGCAUCUGGGCCAAGGGCAACUGCUACAUUCAGGAGGUGGUGGCAGUAUACUGAAGAGGAAUGAAGAGGACUAACGUAUGUCAUCCAGAUUCCAGUUCAGGCUCUAGAGCAGCAAGGCCUACCCUGCGUAGAGGAGGUUCCUCAACAGAAUCAAGCAUCAAACGGGCCUGGGGGCAACUGUGAACAGUUCAUUUGAAACGUCCAAACUCGUCUACACUGUAAAAGCCUCUACCUCUGAAUAAGUUCUAUGGAAACUGCGUCUUUUCACACCUUUCAUGACCCAGUUUUCUCCCGGCGCAGUUUUCCUCUUUGGUUCUUCAAGAUGACCAGAACAGACGGGACAGCGCGGGUGGUAGGAGGGAGAAUAAGUAAGGUGCCCUUUAGUUGCCAAGCAACGACGCAACCAACCUCCACAGCUCCAUCCUCCUUUAGGCGCUAGCGUCAGCGAUUCCGAUUUCAGCCCCGCCCCCUGGAGCCCGCGGGCGCUCGAUUGGUGGACGAUUCUCCCCAGACAUCCCCUGAACAAGAGCUGCCAUGUCUGGGAAUUCUGCAUUAUCCUCAGAACAGAACAACAACAGCUAUGAAACCAAGUCAAAUCUCCGAAUGUCUGAGAAGAAAUGUUCAUGGGCGUCCUACAUGACCAACUCCCCGACCCUCAUCGUUAUGAUUGGUUUACCAGCCCGGGGCAAAACCUACGUGUCCAAGAAACUCACACGCUACCUCAACUGGAUUGGGGUGCCCACCAAAGUGUUUAACCUGGGGGUGUAUCGGCGUCAAGCAGUCAAGUCCUAUAAGUCCUACGACUUCUUCCGACAUGACAACGAGGAGGCCAUGAAGAUCCGCCGACAGUGUGCUCUGGUGGCGCUGGAGGACGUUAAGGCGUAUCUCACUGAGGACAGUGGGCAGAUCGCGGUGUUCGAUGCCACCAAUACCACUCGAGAGAGGAGGGACAUGAUUUUGAACUUUGCCGAGGAGAAUUCCUUCAAGGUCUUCUUUGUGGAAUCUGUCUGUGAUGAUCCCGAUGUCAUUGCUGCCAACAUCCUGGAGGUAAAGGUGUCGAGCCCUGACUACCCUGAAAGGAACAGGGAGAAUGUGAUGGAGGACUUCCUAAAGAGAAUUGAGUGCUACAAAGUCACCUAUCAACCCCUUGACCCAGACAACUAUGACAAGGAUCUUUCUUUCAUCAAGGUGAUAAAUGUGGGCCAGCGAUUCCUAGUGAACAAAGUCCAGGACUACAUCCAGAGCAAGAUCGUCUACUACCUCAUGAACAUCCACGUCCAGCCUCGCACCAUCUACCUUUGCCGGCACGGAGAGAGCGAGUUCAAUCUCUUGGGGAAGAUUGGGGGUGACUCGGGCCUCUCGGUGCGGGGAAAACAGUUUGCGCAGGCUCUAAGGAAGUUUCUGGAGGAACAGGAGAUCGCAGACCUCAAAGUGUGGACGAGCCAGUUGAAGAGGACGAUCCAGACCGCUGAAUCCCUGGGGGUGACCUACGAGCAGUGGAAGAUUCUGAAUGAGAUUGAUGCUGGCGUGUGCGAGGAGAUGACGUACGCGGAGAUUGAGAAACAGUACCCAGAUGAGUUUGCGCUUCGAGAUCAAGAGAAGUACCUGUAUCGAUAUCCUGGAGGGGAGUCGUACCAGGACCUGGUGCAGCGGCUGGAGCCUGUCAUCAUGGAGCUGGAGCGUCAGGGCAACGUCCUCGUCAUCUCCCACCAGGCUGUCAUGCGCUGCCUCCUGGCCUACUUCUUGGAUAAGGGUGCAGAUGAGCUCCCGUACCUGAGGUGUCCUCUCCAUACCAUCUUCAAACUGACACCUGUGGCCUAUGGAUGCAAAGUCGAAACAAUUAACCUCAACGUGGAGGCUGUGAACACCCACCGUGACAAGCCAACUAACAACCUCCCCAAGAACCAAACCCCUGUAAGGAUGAGAAGGAACAGCUUUACGCCUCUGUCCAGUUCGAAUACAAUAAGGCGUCCAAGAAAUUACAGUGUUGGGAGCCGGCCCCUCAAGCCCCUCAGCCCUCUCCGUGCCCUGGACACGCAAGAAGGGGCCGACCAGCCGAAGACCCAAGUCAGCAUUCCGGUGGUGUAACCGUGUGUUUCCCUCCAGCCCUGGCCUCCUGCCCUUGUCACUAAUCACCAAGGAGUCAUUUAACUUCCAACCCCCACCCUUCCCUCCCCUGGCCCCCCCACCACGAAUCUUAACAGAGAACGUGAGGUCAUGUGUUUGCAGACCCACCUUAGCUAGUCCACGGCGUGAAACAUCUCCCCGCUCAGGGACAGGCUGGCGAGUUGGGUGUGUUAGGACAGACACGUCCUCGGUUGGGGAGGUCUGGAGGUGGAUGAAAAGGGACAUGCUCUCCUGGGGUGAUUGGCAGAGCUGGGCUGAGGCUGAGCAUGCUGUGGUUCUUGUCCGUCCACUGCGUCUAAACUUACUAAUGUCCUUGUGUUGGUAAAAGGGUGUGGCGGGGUGUGGGGUGGAGGGGACAGGGCAGCCCAUUCUCCCUCCACCUCCACCUUGCCUCUUCAAGGUGUGCUUUACUCACAGACCUUCCCUGCCUGCUUCUUCCCCUUCUCCCCUGUCCCCUUUGGCUUGCCCAAUGUGAUGCAUGGCACUGUCGUUGUGUGUCCGUCUAGGAGGGAAGGGGCGGUGGGCGAGAGAGAAAUCUGGCCUCAGUGGAUGCUCUCUGCAGUGGGUCUAAAUGGGUCUGGACUUAGGAGAGCCUUUCUUUUCCCUUCUCCCCUCCUCUGGAGUCAGGUCCUGCAAGGGUCAGCCCGGGCUACAGAACAUCCACAGAUGCUCUAGAGCCUGGAAGUGGACGUAGGGUGAGCGUUCUCGCCUCCUUUCAUGAGAAACAAUCCUGAGUCUUCGGUGCCCUGGGGGAGGCUGGGUCUCAAUAGGUGGGAAGUACCUUGAUUUGUGUUUUUCAGAUAUAAGUCUUUGGGCCUCAACGGAGUGAGGUUCAGGAGAGGACAAUGGUCUCUGAGUCUUGCAGGGCUCUUGGGGGGCAGUCAUGUCUUUUCUCCGGUGGGUCCCAGCUUCUUUGCCGACCAUGGGAACUCCUGCCAAAGCCAGUGAGCUCUGGGACGGUUUAGAAGGACAGAGUUGGAUUCAGGAGUCGCUGUUGAUGUCUGGGUUGCUCACGGGAAAUGGCAGAGAAGAGCUCACUAGAGCUGCGUUUUAUUUUCCAAUGAUUCCAGCCCACUUUCCUCUUUAAGUUAAAACUGUCUUUUGCAUGAGCAUCUUUUUUUCCCCCAAAUGUGGAAAAGCGUGGUGAUAAAUUUAACCUCCCUCACUGGGGUACUGUUUUAUCUCACCUUGACGUCCAGGGGAGUCUUGGGAUCCCGUAGGGUCUAGCUCUAGACCAUUUAUCCAUUUACUUGUGUCGUUCCAUUUUUCCUGCAGGUUAAGCAGGAAAUGUGUAGAGCAGGGGUUCUUAGCCCCGUGGUGGCCCAUGGUGCAUCCUCCUCCCACCCGCCCCCUAAUUUUGUAUGCAAAAUGUGUGAGUAUGUGUAUGAGCAUUUUUCUGAGAGGCAGGUCUAGAGUUCUCAUGAGAUUUUUUAAAAGAGAGGACUCCCCACCUUAAAGUUACCAACCUGUCAUUUGGAGGUGAGCAGUGAGAGCAAUUUAACUAUUUGCCAGGGGUGUUUUUGUUUGCUAACAGGAGAUCUUUGGUUGUGGUUCUCACCUGGAAGUACUCAGUAGAAUCCCUUACAGAAUGUUUGAAACAUAUGCAUGCCUGGGUCCACUUUAGGAUUAAUUCUAACUCAGUCUGUGGGACUGGACUCUGGACAUGCAUGUGUUUAAAUAGCUUCUCUGAUGAUUCUGAACCAUUCUCCAGAACUUCAUAUUGUGAAGUUGGGUGGAGAAACACUGGGAUAGUAGUUCCUUGGACAAAGCAUCAACCGCAGAAUUCUGAAUUCCUCAUGGUUCUGAAAGGACAGUUCCCCAGAGUUAGCUAUGUGAGCAGAUCUCAAUAUUGAAUGAAGUAACCCCUGCAAAGUUACUUCAGGCAGCAGCUAUGUUUUAGAGGGUUAUUCUGGGUUCUAGUUCCAGCUUUAAUGCUUAACAUUGCAAGGUGAUGUGGAAUCAAUCACUAUGUUAAAUAAAUGUCCUUGGAUAAUAGCUGGGAAUUUUAAGCACCCUGGAGAGAGGUACUGAGAGAAAACUUACAGGAAGAUGAAGGUUAUCAUCACGGGCGAGUGGCUUGUGACCUUGAGUCCAUUUUUGCAUCCUGAGCAGGACAUCACAGCCAGCUUUCAAACUUGCCUGGGUUCUGCUCCAAAUUGCCUCCAAGAUGUAAAGUAACUUCCUAUUCCUGUUUAGCCUUCACAUGAUAUGUACUUAGUGCCCUUGUCUGUGGGGCUUCAGGCUGGUGUGGAGUGUGGUGGAGGAGGGAGACACAAAAGCGGAAGAAAAGUCCUUGCCCUCAAGAAGGUUAUUUUAGAGGAAGGGCAUAUAAUUUUUAAUAGAUGAACAUUUGCAAAAGAGCAACAUACUGAGUCUAUAAAUGGGGAUGUCGUGGUGGAGUACGGAUUAGUUCAGACUUUUCUCUUGUCCUUUGCCUAUGAGACUAAAAGGGUUGGGAGGUGGGAAUGUCCCCCCAGGAUGAUGUGGUUGAGGAGGUAUGUGUGGCACUUUUGCAAGGUUGCCUUGUCUGGCUUUGCUUGGCUGGUGGCAUCUUUAGCCCAAAUGGGCGUUCAGUCUUUUCUCUUGCCGUGCAGUUCAGAGCUAACACAUGAGAACGAGCAAUUUGAUCCACGACUUUGGAUUUGGGCUCCAUGUACUCUUAGAGGAGAAAUCUCCAACAAACCUGUGUUGUGUUACCUUGUCAGAAACCCCAGUGUUAGGCACAGUCACUGGGAUGUGUGGUCGGGCUCUCAGCCUGCUGGUGUGGCUUCGCUCUCCCCACGUGCUAAUGUGCGUCCCCCAGAAGAGGAGCCUGAAGGAGUGUUGCUCUCAGACAGGACGCAGGACGUUGGAGUUUGACCGCACCAAGGACUUUAGCAUCCUUUUGUUUUUAGAACGAUAUCCCUCCAGAGAGGGUUCAGCAGGAAGAAGCCAGGAGAGUAUAGAAGGGAAUAGAGCUCUUGCUCCAAAUUUUAGAGAAGUCUGUGUGUACAGCACAGACGCCACCAAGAAGGGAUGGAUUCCAGAGUACUUUCUGCCUGAUGCUUUCCGCUUUGUUGUAGGGGAAAUCGGUGAAGACUAGCAUUUAAUCUAUUGACUUAAAACAGGGAAAGGAAGGUCAUGGUAUAUUUGAUGAUCUUUCUCUUGCCUUAAAGUUGAAAGAGGAGUUUUGCGACAGACUUGAAAGAAGAGUCUAAAGCAGAUUUGAGAACUAGCUUCUCUUCCUGUUUCUUAAUCCUUAAGUUGCAAUUUAGCUCUUACUUACUUGUCUGUAUUGUCUUUGGCUUUGCUUUGGCAAGGGGAUUGUUUUGCAUUCAAUUGAAAAGUAGGAUGAGAAAAUCUUUUAAAAACAUGUAUUGUACUAGGGGUCUGCCCUGUAUUAUUGCCUCUGGUUGUGUUUUUUGUUGCUGUUGUUUUGGGUUUUCUCCCCUCCAGAAAUCAGGGUUGGAAGCACAAGAUACGUGUAUUCGUAGACUGAACAGCUGAAUGUUUCCUAUGAGGACCUAGGUGUUCCUCGUUGCAAUCCGCAGUUGAUCUUCAGAGGCACUGGCAUUUUGAAGAAACAUGAUGCAGCUGUUUGGAAAUAAAUUCAUCUUAUGGUGUCUCUGUGAGUAGGAGAUCUGAGACCCAGAGAAGCUCACUGAUGCUUGGGGCAGCCAAAGGACGAGGGGGAAAGUGUCCAUAAUUGAGAGAACUGUACCUGGGUUAGACAGUCUUAGGCACAGUCCAUCGACUGUGCUAAGCCCGGAAGCCAUGCUGUGUGUUUUCCAGAAAUGUGAUAAUUUUAUGCAGGUUUUCCAUUGCAUAUUUCUAUUUGUGUUUUAAAAUAUUUUAAUUUAAAAAUUAUGUCACAACGAAAUCGGGUUGCAGCAUUGGAAGGCUUGAUCUCUGACGUCCCAUAGAGGUGAUGCAGAGACCAGAGGUAUGCCCAGGGACGUAGCGCAGACUCAUCGUGUCCGGAAGACUGUAUCUAGAAAUACCUAUAUGCCGACCGCCCAACAGACUCCAGCAGGGACACACACUGCCUGACAGAUUCUGGCAGGUCCCUGUGCUGACUAACUGCCAGACUCUACCAAGACCUGUCAGCGGACAGUCUGACCGUUCUCUCAUUCUACCAGUUCAUAGUAUGUGCGUGUUGUUACAAUUCUCUGUCCACUGCCCAUGUCCUACAGAGAAAGGAGGUAACCACUCCACCUGUUUUCUUUAGGGGGAAGUACUAUAUACGAUGCUUUUUAAUAGACAUUUUUUUAAGAGUAGCAGCCAAAUUCUGAUCGUUAAAUGAAGGUUGAACAUCACUUGUGAGAUCGUUUGUAAACUCAGCUGAGGAAGUGCCUGCUCGGAGCCUGAAAUUGUUCCCUCUGCUUGAAGGCAUCCCAUCCGCUGCCCCACUUCUGGGCAGGACCUCACUUUCUGAGCCCUCUGUGCCCCAGCUUCCCCUCCUGGCCUGCAGCAUGCCGUUGGGCCGCGCAGCUGCUCUUAGCCUGCCAUCUAUUUGGCUCCUACUCAGAAUCUAAUAAAAAUGCAAAGGAGAUUUUGCAUUCAAAAAUUGAUUUUAAGAGUCAGCAAACGUAUUCUUUUCAGUAAGCCUUCCACUGGGGAUCUGUGACCAAUAUUUACCUACUUGAUUUUUUUUUUUUUUGUAUCUGAAUUGCUUGUGUACAGUUUGUCCUUGUGUUGAAGUAACAGGGUCCGCUCAUUCUGAUAACGGUGAUAGUUUUGCUGUGGCAAAAGCAAAUGGCUGGUCACCAGCUGUGCCCUUUGAGGGGGCUGGGGGUAGGCUGAGCACCACUGAGUUAAAUGGCAUGAACUGAAUUGGGAACCCAGGCAAUAGAGCUAGCCUGUAGGUUUCUGAGGCACAGACAGCUCUGUUGACAGAAGGAAUGUAAGUCCUCAGCAGCAUCCUAAUUUAAUCUGGUGACAUCAAUAUCAAAAUAUGCCACUCAGAUCCACAUAAGGUGUGUAUAACUGUAUUUGAAUUGUGUUUUUGUGUGUGUGUGUGUAGAAUGGGUAAAUAAAAUUGUUGAGUAACUUGAACCUA